UUUUCUGACUCUUUCUCUCUCUUUUGCGUGUCUUCUAUUUUAUAGACCACCUUCGCCUCUCUGUCUGUUUCAGCCUCUUGCUUACUGGAAUUUCUUUGUAUUCAUCUUCAAGCGGUCCGAGGCUGUAGAAGCGAGGGAAUUUUGAUAUUUUCAGGCUGGUGAUAUAAGUUUUAGGUAAGGGGGGCUCUGGGGAUUUGAGUGAAAUGGUUGGUAAAGAGAACUUGAGGACUGAAGACUUGAAUUUAUGCUUUGAGAAACUAAUGAUGGUUGUUGGUGGUGGUGAUGGAAUGGAUGUUGGUGCCAAAGGAGUUAAAAUGGAUGGUGGGCUGAUAGCAGGAUGGAAGGACAUUCCUAUGGAGCUUCUCUUGCAAAUUGUAUCCCUUGUUGAUGAUCGAACUGUUAUUGUAGCUUCAGGCGUGUGUCGUGGAUGGCGGGAUGCUAUUUGCUUUGGCCUCGUCCAUCUUUCCCUCUCAUGGUGCAAAAAGAACAUGAACAACUUGGUCCUAUCCCUUGCUCCUAAAUUUGCAAAACUGCAAACUCUAAUCUUGCGCCAGGAUAAACCCCAGCUUGCCGACGAUGCUGUUGAGACCAUUGCUAGUUACUGUCAUGAUCUGCAGGCCCUGGACCUGAGCAAAAGUUUCAAGCUCAGCGAUCUUUCCCUAUAUGCUCUGGCUCAUGGUUGUCACGACCUUAAAAGACUUAACGUUAGUGGUUGUACUGCAUUCAGUGACACUGCACUGGCUUAUCUGGCCAGUUAUUGCAGAAAGCUAAAAGUUCUUAAUCUAUGUGGAUGUGUCAAGGCUGCAUCUGACACUGCAUUGCAGGCUAUCGGACAAUACUGUAAUCAUUUGCAGUCAGUAAAUCUUGGAUGGUGUGAAAAUGUGAGUGAUGUGGGUGUGAUGAGUUUGGCAUAUGGAUGUCCUGAUCUUCGAACCCUAGACUUGUGUGGCUGUGUCCUAAUUACAGAUGAUAGUGUGAUUGCUUUGGCAAAUAUGUGCCCUCAUCUGAGGUCCCUUGGCCUCUACUAUUGUCAAAACAUAACAGACAGAGCAAUGUAUUCUUUGGCACAUAGCUGUAGAAAGAACAAACCUACAAAAUGGGGAACAGGGAAAGGCAAGAAUGAUGAUGAUGGACUUCGGACUCUUAACAUAAGCCAAUGCACGGCUCUUACUCCCCCGGCUGUACAGGCAGUUUGCGAUUCGUUUCCGGCUCUCCACACGUGCUCAGGUCGCCAUUCUCUCAUCAUGAGUGGCUGUCUAAAUUUGAUGUCUGUGCAUUGUGCUUGUGCAAUCCAAGCUCACCGUGCUCCAACUGCUUUUCCUCAUUCAGCUCAUUGAACACGAGAGUGAGUUUAGAUGAUUGUUUAUCCUCGAACACGAUGCCUUUCCAGAAAAUCAUGAUGGUUGUAUAUGUACAUGUUCCUUGGAAGAACGGAAAUCUGAACAUAUGAGGACUUCGUUCUCUCGGUUGGUUUAUCUCUUUUCAUGUGUAAAUAUGUAGCUUGCGGACAUGAAGAUGCCAAGCCUAUAUUUGUUUGGAACCACAUGCUUGGUUACUUAUGGAAAUGCCUUCAAUUUCAUAA